UCUAGGUCUAUGUGUCAGCUUGGUCACUCCUUGUAGAUGGUAGAUAAGCUUACACUUCAGAAUGUUGUCGAUUACAGUUUUUCUUGUUUGUUUGGCAUUGGGUGGUGCUCAAACUAAUGGAAUAUGUGACGAUAUUAAUUCCAUGAUCUGCCAGGACCUGUAUAACCUAAAUCCAAACAUGUGUGCCAACUCCUGCUACUCGGUAGCUCUGUGUCCACGCUUCUGUGGGAAAUGUCCACUGAAAUGUUACCAGUGUCAUGAGGUUUCCAGUCCAGAUCAGUGUUUUACAUCCACACAAUGCCCGUCUGUUGAUCACUUCUGCAUCACUACCCAGUCGUUUACUGAUGACUUCAAGGAGGUAUACAAACUAGGCUGUGCCCCUAACACGGUAUGCACAUCUCAUUUUGGUCCAGCCAUAGGUCGCAGACAGGACGAUUCUGUGUCAAAGCGGGGCAUAUUACAGGGUUCUUGUUGUGAUACUGAUUUAUGUAAUGUAAAGUCUCGUAACGUAACGACAGCUCCAGCAAAUGAUCCAAUGCCUUCAGUCAUUGUUCGUGACGAGUUUGAAUUGUCCGCGCCAACAACUGGCAACAUCAGUCUUUCUACUUCAAUACCGACAACAAACUCAUCAAUUGUAACCGAUGUACAAUCUGCGACAAUGGCACCGGCUGUGACUUUAGCUCCAGUUGUGACUUCUGCUCCAGUUGCGACAGCUCUUCCAGUUGUGACUCCUGUUUGUGAUGACGUCGAUGCAGAUAUAUGUUCGCGGCUUGCGCUGAAUUUUCCAGAUAUGUGUACAAUCGAUUGUAUUGCAAAUGACGUUUGUCCUAGGAAAUGUGGCAAAUGCAUGGGGUGUUACCAGUGUAGUCAUGUGCCAGUCGCUGAAACCUGUUCACACAAAACGGUUUGUGCAGCAGGAGAGCAAUGUUAUACUGUCGAGACGAUAUCUGCUUCGCUUGAACGAGGAUACAGAAUGGGAUGUUUAAACGAAAAGCUAUGUUCCUCCUUUGGUGAAGCUGCUCCUGAUAUCUUUGGAAAGCGUCAAGCAUUUGAACUGUCCCUCCAUGGCGGAUGUUGUAAAGGCGAUUAUUGUAACCACCACGCUCUACUACCGACAACCACUCCCCCACCGACUACAACUAUGGCUCCGACUACACCUUCGCCGACAACCCCUCAUAAAUACUGCCCUAGUCGACACAACAGAUGUCCGUCAGAAUGGAUUCAUCACCAAACAUCAUGCUAUGCUUUAUCACUAACGGCAGUGAGCUGGGCGGACGCAAAGGCUACCUGUGAACGCCUCUGCGGUAAAUUGGCAGACUUUAGCUCAUCAGCUGACUUACAACAUGUUCUGCAAGACCUCGGAAAAUACCUCUACACUCAAGCCGGACUAAGUGGUACAGCUUGGGUUGAUGGCCAUGUGUCCCAUCAGGAAUGGGUACUAAGCAACGGACAUGAAGCAGACCACUCCCUUUCUCAUGACCUACAUAAUUCCGAUAGCUCCAAGUGUGGAUCGGUUAGUCUGGGGAUACACGUAUUCGGUCAUCAUGUCAACACGCCAAGUCACUACCUGGAUCCGUCGGACUGUCAAAUCAGACAUCUACCAUUAUGUGAAAUAGAACACGUUUACUCAUAAAA